AAGAACUCAAGUACCUGCGUGAUAAGACAUCCUCCAUGAGCUCGAUAGCUUUGCAUCAGACUAGUAACACGAACGCCUCUCGCUUGCUGACAGACAUGAAAUCGUGUUUGGAAGGGAAAAAAUUAAGAGUAGAAAUAAGUACGUGAAGUGAUGCGUAGAAGUUUUGCAGCGCACAAUGAGAUCUCUAGAUUUCUGGAAUUGCUUCCUCAUUUCAUCGUCUCUUUUGUCGUCGGUGACGCCAAUCACCAUAUACCCAGAAUGUCAACCAAAAUCCAAGUGGACAAGCGAGUGGCUGGGCUCAAAUGCUUCGUUUAUCAUAUGGGCUGGAGAAAAUUGCAGCACUGAAAACAAGCAAACGCAGAAUAUUCUCAUUAUAUACUAUACAUUCAAGGAACUGGCGCAUUCACGGAACUUCAACCUAAUCACCAUUUAUCGUUCUCAAGCCGAGAUUGUUGAACUGAGGGAUGGAGUAGUUACGAAGGAAAAAGUAAACUUUACAGAACCAAUCGGCUAUGGGUGGCAAGAAUUCGCAUUUUCAGUCAGAUCCGAGGCAGAAGUGUGGUACAACUCCAACAGGCUUCUGACUGUAAAAAAAAAAUAUGGUAUACAUGAGUUGACAAUUGAUGGCAGCAAUGUCACUGUUAACUGUCACAAAAAUGAAUUUCAAUGGACUGCAACUUCAAAAGAGCCGGCUCUAAUCCCAAUAACAUUCGAAGAGGGAAAACAAACAGUUGGUUUCUAUUCGAAUGACGAGUUUGAACCAGUUAUCAGCCUGACGAAUUUCAGGGAAUCUGUAACACUUGGCUGGAAUGGGUCAUCGAUUGUAGUAAAGGGGAGACCGCUACCGGAAACUACCGAGCACAGAGUAUCCAUCUUUUGCCAUCGAACUGCCUACGAAAUUUCUUGCACCUUGGAGGAGGACCAGAGUGAAACGAGACUGAAGAACUUCUACCCGUCUUCCAUGCCUGACACCCUUUAUGUCUUGGCUUGUGGAGAAGGAAGCAUUCAGGUCGUACUCCACCAAUCUCCUCCCCCAGCCCUCCAAGUGACGUCAGCAUCGCCAUCUCCCACUGUACUGAUUGGCAAGGAGGCAGUCCACCAACAAGAAAGCCCUUGAUAUUCGGAAGUGGUUGUUGGUCAUCUUUUGGCUUGCAUUUAUCACUGAAAAUUAAGUAUCGCCCUUCAUUUACUGAAUCUAUUUUUUGUUUUCCAUAGAUAAGACAAACAAAUUUCUCCAACUCUUUUGAGAUAGUUUCAACACUGUCCGUGAUUUUGUUCCCAGUUUGGCAAACGUGUCUCAGAAUUCCUUGGAGGAAUGGCAUAUGGUUUAAUCAAUCUUCCCUUUCCUUAGAAAAGAUGCUAUGAAAUCACAACCUGUGAAUGCAUGCAGCCCAGGAAGAGCCAUACACAGGUUUCCUCCAAAAUUUGAAGCAAAAUUAGUGACAUCUAUAAAUCUAGUAUUUUCCCAUUCUGCCCUACAUCCAUCCAUAUAGUAGCUCUGUGUUAUGGACAUAAUAAAGCGGAUCACAAGAAUAUCUGUGUCAUUAAAUCUCACAAAACAUUGGCACCAGCACAUAAUACGCGAGUUGGCCCUCCUUUUGACAACACUCAAGAUCACCAACUUUUUCACACACUACAUGACCAUCAACCUCUUUGUAAAGGUAGUACUCUUUUUCCAGUCAAAAAUAUAUUUCAUGACCGUGGAAGACAGAGGCAUAGCUAUCAUCUUCCCAUUCCUUCACCAGAAAGCGCAGUAAUGACUUCUUUAAGUUUAUUUCUCAGUGUUUGUUGAAAGUCCUUUGGACGAUGUUGCUCAGGGCCCUGUACAAUGAGGCUGAUUUCACCUACAAGGUUUCCACGCCUUCCACAUUCUUUGUCCUUGAUUGAAGGAUUUUCUUGGGUGUCACACACAAAAUCCACACGCUUUGCUUUUCUAGAGAGAUUUACCAUGAUGUCCUUUGUAAUUGCGCCAUAGGUGGGUGCUAUACUCUCUCAUGACUGUAUUAUGAACAUUCCAUCUACCAGACAAGUGUCCACAGACGUAGGUGUCACAUUUGAAACUUUUCCCUCUAGUAUAUACAUCAAUUUAGAUUUGCUGUUUUUCAUAACAGUUCCAUCAAUAUGUGUUAGUGAAGUGAAAAUGGUACUGGUGUUAAAAGAAAUUUCAAAGUUUCACGAAUAUACCUUCUCAGUUAAAAGCUAGGAACAAGUCUACCAAAUAUAUCUCUUGUACCUUGGACUUCCUUAAUCUUCAUACCCUUGGUUGCUACUUUUACCUUCAUGGCCACAUUAGUAAAACUUUUUACUUUAUGCUUAGGGAUUGGUUUUUCAAUCCUGUUUGGAUCUGCAAAGCAAUCACUGGUAAACUUAUCACACCCCUCUUUCCCUUUGUCCAUAAAGUGAACGAGGUCUCCUUUUUACAUUGUCUGGUGCUGCUUUCCCAGUGCUUAUACAGUACAAGUUUUCAUCACUCAGAGCUUCUCCAAACGGAUUCAUUGUGUCUUCUAUUCCUCUUACUAGUUUUUUGAAGGUCACUGUUAUCUCAUUUGAUACAAUACACCUGAUUUUUCCAGUAGAUCACCAACAACUGCACUUACAGGUUUGUCACCAUCCAUUUUCGAUGGGGAGAGCAGGACUGUGAGAAAGCAAAUAUCAAC